CCCUGACACUUCACGCACUUCAAACGCGUACUCUGUUCCGAAUUCGUAACCUUUCUUCACGUGUCUUACGACACUGCGUCUUCCUGCUUCAUUUCACGGUCACCACGCGUAUAUCAACUUGAUCAAAUGCGAUCAUGGUUACCCUUUUCGAAAUUAGACGUUUAACCGCGUAAAAUGACGCAUUUCCGGUCAAGUAAAGUACGGAAAUUGUCGCUAGUAUCAAGGUAUUCGAAAUAUGAAACAACGAGGCGGGAAUUUAUUUCAACGGUAGAGUAAAACGUCUGUUGUUUUUCACUCGUUAAGUCAAAACUGAUUCCGCAUUUACUAGUUAUUGCAAUUUCGCCGUAAAUAUCAUAACGCAUCGACGUUGAUAGCAAAUUUCUUAAGUUACCAGUAAAGUAUAGUACAUUGUAACGUAAGUAUAAUACAGACGAUAUCUCCUUAUUGGAGUACCAGUAAUUGGAUGUAACGUUUAAAAUCAGGAAGAAUUUGCAAACAUAAAAAAGGAAGCCUAUGUCAAGAAUAAAAAGCUGGCCGAGAUUUGUACAAUUUAAUAUGGCCAUAUCCGAUUUAGAGCAGGUAUUACUAUACAUAUAAUAUUCUCUCAUAUCAAUCGAUCGUUGUCUAGCGGCCUCUAUAUUCUCUUCCGCGUUGAUUAACGUUCGUAUACAAUUCAUUUGCUAUUUUCUCAUCAUCAACAGCCCUUAUUGUUAACAUUCUUUACAUUUUUAUUACUAAUGUAAAUAGCAAAUCCUAAUCGAUGCAAUUACGAUAAUUUGCACGUGUCAUGCCGUGAUCACCUUUGGGGUGGUUUCGAGUUUGCGCCGAAGGUACAAGAACAAGUACAAGAUGCAAGGUCAGUCCCUCGUGAAGAAGAAGGUCAUCGGGGCGGGACUUGCGUAACCCUGGCGAACGGCCAGUAUGUUACGGAGCACAACGCCAGAGUUCAAUGGAGUAACUUCAAAUAAUGUGUAUUUAUACACCUUGAAGAUGCGUACAUACUAAGCGGACCUUGUAAAGAAUAGACUAAUGCUAAAAGUGUCUGUUAUGCACAUCGGAGUAUUUCUCGUGGCGCGUGCAAUUAUUUGUUACAGGAAUCAGUUGGAUCAAUUAGAUUUAAAUAAGAGCAGAGUCCAGUAGGCGAUAAUGGUGCAUUCUCUUUUCAUUUGACUGAUUAAGGAGGCAUCAAAAAGAAAGUAGCGUGAAAAGAAGGCGUGAAGAGAUAAUGAUUCACAGCAUUAUGCGGAGUUAGACGAUAAAUUCUGUAAAAUUAUUAUAACGGCUAAAGGUUCUAAGUGUUCUUAAGCUCGAGGGGAAAUUCCACGUUUCAUAGGAAGAAGGUGAUAUCUGUCUCUUGAUAAUGCUUGCACAAAUACAUGUGUAAGCAAAACCGCUUAUGUACCAGAAGUAUUAGUCAGCACUUAAGGACGGUGUUACGCAACCUUUGCCGAAACUAUAGUGCUACUAGAAAGAUCGAAAUGUGAAAUAUGAUCCCUGUUAAAGUUACGUGAGCAAAGUUACUGGCUCGAGGAAUUUAUCAUUUUCCUGAUUGUAGCAGGAAAAUCAUUAGCAUUUAAUAUAAGCGUCAUCGUAUUGAACGCACGACAGUGUAUAUAGCAACACACGAUUUACUAGCUCAAAUGCAUUAUGUCGAACUUGCAACGGUGGGACUCAAGUGUGUGGAUUGGAUUAAAUAACGACCUUGAUGACGAAAGCGGCUGUCUGCGUUUAGUGCAAUAACUGGUCAAUGCACCUGAAAGCAGUUUGAAGCAGUUUUGUAUUUAAUAUGGAUCUACAGAUUUAUUACUAAAUAUGUAAGAAAUUAAUACGUUUAGAUAUUUUAUAAAAAUGAGUUAAUUAUUCGCAUAAGAACUGAUUCGUAUAUGAAUUCAUUGACAAUUAGUUAUCAAAAUGUUCGUUGUCCUCGGCUCACGAAUUUGGCUUCUGCUAUUAAUGUGUAGCUAUAUUGCAAAAUAAAUGACAUUUGCAAUUCCUUAUUGCUCAAUACAAAGGCUCUGAAAAAUAAAAUUUUUAUAUGAUUGUUACUGUCUAAAUUCUAAAUAGAACACAAGCAGAGUAAACGUUUCAGUUAAAAAUCGCUGGCAACUGUUUAGAAUUGAAAUAUGAAAAGAUCGUUUUCAUCGCAUGUAAAUGUUUGAAUGAUUUGAACUGAUACAUGUUCCAUGCAGUGGAAAAAGGUUUUUAAUUAAGCUAGUUUAUUCACAGUUAACAGCAUAGUGUCAAAGUGCUUCAUUGCCAGGGUCAUUUUACACAUUGAAAGUUACUGUUUGUUCUAUGGUUUCUGCAAUAUAGCAUAGUAUCUACAGUUGGUACGGAAGAAUAGAUUCAAUGUCAAGCGUUACUAAUUUAGAUUAAACCAGAAAUAGUAAUAAAUUAUGCAUUUCAUGUAUAUAUUUCGCAAAGUCUUUAAAAUCUAAGUUGUAAGUCACAUUCAAUAUAGCUAUGAAAAAAAUAUAUUUUAAUUAAGAAGUAAAGUGCAUUGUAAGGUUGCACACAUUUAUAAUGCAAAAUGCUUGUAAAAUUAUAGCCAAAUUUGGACAAAAAACGUGCAUUUGAUGCUAUUUUGUAAAACUUUAGUAAGUGAUCUAAUACCCUCUAGUGGUGCAAAGAAAAACGUAUUAUAUCAAGGAACGUGUGGAAUGUGAGAUUGUGAAGAAUACAUAGGAAUCAAGCCGGACAUUUAUGAAACGUCAGACUUUGAAUUAAAUUGUUAUUUAGUGGCAUUUUACGAAUGAAAAUGCUAUGUGAUUGUAAUGUGACAUUAAUAUCUAUUAAUGUUGCCUGAAGAUAAGGCAUACAUAGACAAUAUGACUGAAGGAGGAGAAACACAACCAACUCCUGGGAAUGAAGCUCAACCUGAAGCUUCUGAACCCAGAGCUUUACAUGGCGAAGGAUUACAUGAAACAGCAGCUGAAUCAUCUUCUCAAAGUGUACCUGAACCCAAUCAAGAUUUACUUACUGUUCAUGGAGCAACACAAGGAGAAAGUAGCGAUGCUGUUAGCAUUCAUACCGCCAGUACAUCAGUUUCUGGCAAUGAAUCAAGUUCCAGUAGAGUGAGUGCAAUAACUGUAGUAUUACCUUGGGGUGCUCAAAAAGAAACUGUUAAACUACAACAAAUGGGAGAUAUGGAUUUAAGACCUGGAGAAUUUGUAAUGCGUACCUUAUUUGCAGAAUUCACUUCACAGGCAGAGAAAAAAAUGGAAGCAGUGAUGACAGAACAUGAAAAACCGCUUUCAAAAGUUUUACAAAGAGGAGAAGAUUUACAGUUUGAUCAACUUUUAUCUGCAUUUGGUUCAGUUGCAGAACAUUGUUUGCCUUCUAUUUUGCGAGCACUCUUUAAUUGGUAUGAACGUCAAUUAGUUGAUCAGGGUAGUGAUCAGAAAAAACCUGCUCCUGGUAAAGAAGAUCAGAAAGGGAAGAGUAUUAUGUAUACAAUAGUAUCAGGAAGUGUGGAAACAGUUGAAAGAAGUGAAGCGGAUUUGCUUCAAGAGCGAAGAGAUCUUGCAGUAGAAUUUAUAUUUUGUUUAAUGUUGAUAGAAGUUUUGCGUCAAUUACCAUUUCAUCCUGGUCACGAGGAUUUAGUAACUUACAUAGAAAACAUUGCUUUCAAACAUUUCAAGUAUAGAGAAGGCAUUCAAAACGAACCAAAUGCAGCAAACAUUCAUAUCAUUGCUGAUCUUUAUGCAGAAGUAAUAGGAGUUCUUGCACAGGCCAGGUUUAUGUCGGUCAGAAAACGUUUUAUGGUUGAAUUAAAAGAAUUGCGUGCUAAAGAACCCGGACCUCAUACUACACAAAGUAUUAUAUCGUUAUUAAUGGGAAUGAAAUUUUUCCGGGUGAAGAUGGUACCAAUAGAAGAAUUUGAAGCCUCAUUUCAGUUUAUGCAGGAAUGUGCACAGUAUUUUUUAGAAGUAAAAGAUAAAGAUGUUAAACAUGCUUUGGCUGGACUUUUUGUUGAGAUACUUGUUCCUGUUGCUGCUGCCGUAAAAAAUGAAGUUAAUGUACCUUGUCUAAAAAAUUUUGUAGAAAUGUUGUACUCUACCACGUUAGAUAUGUGUACAAAGUCAAAGCAUAGGCUUGCUCUUUUUCCUCUUGUAACUUGUUUACUAUGCGUGAGUCAGAAAACAUUUUUUUUACAAAAUUGGCACUAUUUUUUAGCAAUGUGUCUCUCACAUCUGAAGAAUCGAGAUCCUAAAAUGUGUCGCGUUGCAUUAGAGGCAUUGUAUCGUUUGCUUUGGGUGUACAUGAUACGUAUCAAAUGCGAAAGUAAUUCAGCUACUCAAAGUAGACUACAAAGCAUAGUAAACUCUUUGUUUCCUAAAGGGUCGAAGGCAGUAGUCCCACGUGAUACUCCGUUGAAUAUUUUUGUGAAAAUUAUUCAAUUCAUUGCACAGGAAAGAUUAGAUUUUGCAAUGCGUGAAAUAGUAUUUGAUUUAUUAUCUGUCGGUCGACCGGUGAAAAUAAUUUUAACUCCUGAACGCAUGAGUAUUGGACUUCGAGCCUUUUUGGUUGUAGCUGACAGUUUGCAACAAAAAGAAGGAGAACCUCCUAUGCCUCGUACAAUGGGUGUGCUACCUAGCGGUAACACUAUGCGGGUUAAAAAGACAUUUUUGAAUAAAAUGUUGACAGAGGAUACUGCGAGAAGUAUAGGAAUGUCCUCAUAUUUUCCACAUGUUCGACGAGUAUUCGUUGAUAUAUUACGUGCAUUAGAUGUUCAUUAUGGAAGACCUCUCAUGAUGACGAGUACUCAAAACAUGAAUAAAGAACCUGAUGAAAUGAUCACUGGAGAGCGAAAACCGAGAAUAGAUCUUUUCCGAACUUGUGUUGCCGCUGUCCCUCGUUUAAUACCUGAUGGAAUGACUGGUGCCGAAUUAGUAGACUUGUUGUCUCGUUUAACUGUUCACAUGGACGAAGAGCUUCGGGGAUUAGCGUAUCAAAGUUUACAGACUUUGGUAUUAGAUUUUCCUGAUUGGAGACAAGACGUUGUUCUUGGGUUUACUCAGUUCCUUGCCAGAGAUGUUCAGGAUACUUUUCCACAGCUAGUUGAUAAUGGUUUGAGAAUGCUUCUACAACUACUUACAAGUUGGAAAAAUUCAUUAACAAGUCCCAGCAUAAGAUCCAAAGAGCAAUCAGAUAAUACAAGAACAAAUACGCGAACAAAUACAGAUGGUAAUAUUAAAAAAAGUGAAUCAGGACAAAAAGUAGAACCUGUUUCGAGUGUUUUCCAUUUGGUAGAAGGUUUUGCAUUGGUUAUGCUUUGUAACUGUCGUCUAUAUCCUCGACGAAUAGCUGUUCAUAUAUUACGCGAGGUUAAACUUUUAUUGAAAGCAUUAGGAGGUGUGGAAGACGAUCAAGCUGUGAUUGAUGUAAUAGAUGCUUGUUGUCCAGUAGUUCUGGAGAAAUGUUAUUAUAUGUUACCACCUGCUGAAAAAGCAGCAGCUGCUUCUACUUCUAACGUUGAUCUUCAGUGGAUAGCUGAAAGAAGUAGUUGCGUAUGGACAGCAGGUCUUCACGAAGAUACUAGCACGAAAAGUUCUUCUUCCCUAAAUUUAAAUGGUGCAGAUCCAUGGGGAAGUUGUCUGUUUGCAUUUUUGGAAAAGGAUAGAGUGCUCACGCUAUGUCCCACUGCUAUUGCACAUUCAUGGCCUAUUGUUUUCACUCGUAUAAAUUCGCUCUUUUCAGUAAUCGAUCCUACACCUGUUAAUGACAAUAGAGCUUCUCUCUUGAGAAGUUCAACGGCAGUUAGGAAACCUGUAAACGAGAGGGACAUGUAUAUGCACGUUUGGAAGAAUUAUUUGACAUUCGGAUACAGAGUUGUUCCACCGGUACCGAGUCCUGUUGUACGGUGUGCCAGUCCAGAUCUCAGUCUCAGUGGUCAGCAUACGGUGGAGUUUGGUGUGUUGUGCAUGAGUAAGGAGUUGAGUCAGAGCCUGGAGAAUCUCGGUGGGGCACAGACCCUACCGGGUCGCUUCUCCGUUCCGUCCAUUUCCGGCAUCUACACCAGGCAUAAGCGGACCAGUUCAUCACCCGAUAGUCUUUCCGCCGAACGGGGUGAUAACAAAUCACCCGGUACAAAUGCGAGCCCCGCAGCUUUGUACAAAUUGACGGUACCUCUACUAAGGUGCGAAGUAGUUGAUGUUAGAGAUGCUGCUGUACAAGCAAUCGGCAAAGUGAAUGCUGAUGCUUUAAAAGACUUAAUGGAAGAAUUAGUUCCUUAUAUACGCGAAGCAGUUGACCGUAAGCAAGAAAAUAUGAGACGUCGAAGACGAAGAGAUGCAUUACGAUUACAGCUUGUAAGAGUAUUAGAAUUAAUUGCCGAGUACGGAACGUUUGGUAUUUGUCCUGCGGUGUUAGAUCGUGAAACACAAUCGCUUCAUCCAACGUUCGUUGAAUAUAUCGACGGUGCACGUUUAUAUUUAGAGAACGAAACCGACAAAGAAGCACCUGCAGUUCGUGAUAUUAAACUACAUUUCUGUAAUUUCAUGAGAAAAAUGAUCAAGAGUUUUUCUUUGGAAACAUGUCAUACAUUACUGAAGAGAGAUUUAAGACGGAAUUUGUUCAUGUUGUUCGCCAGUUGGGCAGGUCCCUAUGGACGACCACUUGCGAGUACAUCAUCGUUACACGAAGAAGAAAAAUCUUGUACAGAAUUACAGCUUUCAGCGUUACAGGCUAUGAGCGGACUAUUGUGUUGUGGUCCUUGCUUCAAUUCUCAAUCGCUUUCAGAAGAAGGAGCUAUAUUGUAUCAGUGGUUAGAUUUGCUAUUAGCCAGCAAGGAUGAGAAAAUUUAUGCCCUUGCUCGUGAAACAGUAGUGUUACUAUUGGAAUGUAACCCUGAUAUUGGAACUCUUCUCGACUGGGUGGUCGACCGGUGUUACACGGGAGCUCCACAAGUAGCCGAUGGUUGUUUCCUCGCCUUGGCAACAAUUUUUAGCGCAAGAGAAUAUCCCUGCGAUCAUUACACAAGCAUCAUCAACGUUACCCUAAUGAGUACGGGUUGCCCCCGUGCUCCUGUUCACGACGCAGCGCUCCAACUUCUUCAGCUGCUGGAUCAAAGAUUUUUUGGGAACGUGGGUCCUCUUCCGGCUACAGAACCGGAGACCAGUCAGGAUGAUCCUGUAGGCGGUUCAUCAACCACAGCCACCUCUGCCGCAGGACCACAAAGUAAUCCCAUCGGUGGAAUGUCCUCAAGUGGUACAAUUAGGGGUGGCACUCUUGAUGUUCUUCUAUCGACCACCUAUUGUCGCAAUCAAAUGUAUCUUUCUCGUCAACUCGCUCAGUUACAUCCGGAGCUGACGAUGCCUAUGUUCAGUGAAAUUACACACAGAUUUCAAACAGCCAGAAGGGAGGUCCGACAGUUGCUACUUCAGUAUUUGUUACCUUGGUUGCAUAACAUGGAAUUGGUGGAUCCCAAUGUACCUCCACCCUCUAAUCCAUUGAGUUAUUAUCAGUACUAUGCAAGCGACAUGUCCCGCGGUGGAGCUCGCAGAGAGGGUUGGGGUAGCGCUGAAGCAACGGAAAUGGUGUUGAACAACUUGUUCUACAUAACUGCUAAGUUCUCUGAUGAGCAUCCGAAAGAGACGGAGGAACUUUGGGCUACUCUGUGUGGUUGUUGGCCUAACAAUCUGAAAGUAAUUAUUCGCUAUUUGAUUAUCGUCUCGGGAAUGGCACCACAAGAAUUACUUCCAUAUGCAAAACGUGUGGUUUUGUAUUUGGCUAGAGCCCGUCCGGAUCGUUUAGUAGAUGAAAUGAUGACCGAAUUGCAGACAGUCGAAACAUUGAAUUGCUUAAUCGAAAGAACAGAAACUCCACCUUUUUAUAGAUUAACUAGUAUGAGAAAAGCUUCCUCUCAUAGCGAUGCUCCUGCCGCUGAUCCUGGCAAUCCUCCGCGUGAUCUAGGCGUUGAAAAAGGUACCAUUCAUACCAAAAGGCACUCAGGAGAGGAUCCCGUUAAAACCGGCUCAAAAUCUGAUACCGCAUUGCGAGCACUCGCUGGAUUUCAAACCCCAAGGGCAGAAAAAACAAGGACUGCGAGCGGCCCGCCGGUUCUUCCGGACGAUUUGUCCACUCCUACGACCGAAGCCGAAUUAAUCACCGACGAAUCUUGUUACGGUGGACGUAACGGACCCGUGGGAGUAAAUGGAAAAAUGUCCUGCAGCGGUGAAAAGUUUGAUAUCCCACAGCCACAUCCUUUACCAAUGCCUGAGUACGGUGGAUACUUUGCUCCUCUUACGGAAUAUCUUCCAGAUAGUUCGCAACCUAUAAGUGGAUUUCAUAGAUGCAACAUCGCCGUGAUGCUACUUACCGACGUUGUUGUCGACGGCAUACAACUUGACUGGGCCAUCCAUGUUCCCCUAAUGUUACAUAUAGUUUUUCUUGGCUUGGAUCAUUCAAGACCUCUCGUAAGGGAUCACUGUCGUUGUCUUUUGUUAAAUCUAUUGGUUGUUCUCGGGGAUCAUCGAGAUCAUCUUGGCGUAGCCCGGGUACUCUUGGCAUCGAAAACAGAACAGCUGGGCUUAGGUCUUUCUACUCCAGCUUUGCCAAUACUCGAACAUAAUUUCACCGAGGUUGAUCCAGAAUUUGACAGUUACCUCUAUGGUCCACCGCCAGCACCACCUCCUACAACUCCUCCUCCGUCAUCUUCACCACCGCCACCCUCUUCUUCUCCUCCGCCUCCACCUCCUCCUCCGCCACCACCUCCACCGCCACCGCCACCACCAGAAUCAUCUAUAUUUAAUGCAGCACCUCCACCGCCUCCACCUCCACCUCCUCCACCACCACUUCCAUCCUCUAAUACCGGGACACCUACUCAUUCACCUAUUCCUAACUCAACGUCAACCCCUCCAAUAUCAAUGAAUCAUGUGAAUCAAUCAGUUAUGGACAGCAAUAAAGAUUAUUCGAAUUCUCAUGCAUAUGAUUCGGGGACGUGUAACAAUUGGCCGCAAACAACAGGAUCAUCAACCACAGUGCCUCCUGUUAUCGUUACACCAGAAGAUGCAAAUAAUUGGGUUGGUCCUCAACCAGGUCCAAACAUGCCAAUCCAGGAUGUUAUUAAAUCUUUAAUCAAUUUCCUAGCGUCUAGGAUCAAUCAACCAUUGUGGAAUUAUGAAGAUAUGACUGCCAAAGUAUGGUGGGUUCGCAGUGCUGAACAACUAACAGUAUUAUUGCGACACGUGUUGCGAGUCUUCAGAGAUUCCUUACCCCAUGCAUUGGUUAGUCAACGAUGGGCACAAACUGCGUUACAAUUAGGCUUAUCUUGUUCGUCCAGGCAUUAUGCAGGGAGAUCUCUUCAAGUAUUCAGAGCAUUACGAGUUCCAAUUACAUCACGAAUGUUAUCUGACAUUUUGUCUAGAUUGGUAGAGACUGUCGCUGAACAAGGGGAAGACAUGCAGGGCUAUGUGACAGAAUUAUUACUGACACUUGAAGCAGCCGUCGAUUCCUUAGAAUCUGACUUCCGACCUUUAGAUUUUAUGAAAGAAAUAUUUAAAUCUACUCCAAAUUUAAAUAAUAAAGAUCCAGCUUCAGGUUGUUUGAUUGGUGGAAAACGAAGUCCAGGAGGAGGAAAUGGAUAUCCAACUGGUCCACACAUGUUUUCUCACCUAAGUCAGGCUGGUCAUACAAGAAGUACCAGUUAUUCAGUUAGUUAUUGCAUGAAAAAGUCGAGUGCUGGUAAUUCUACAGCAAGUGAAAUAAAAGAAUUGGAUACCAGAUGCAAUAAAUAUCCAAAUUCUAAUCUAUCUCGGUCGAGAUCAGCUCAGUCUUUGAAAUUACUGGGUGACUCAGCAACACAAGACGAUAAAAUGACUAUUUUAGCACAACUGUUUUGGUUAUCGGUGUCAUUGCUUGAAUCAGAUUACGAACACGAAUUUUUGUUGGCAUUAAGAUUGCUCAGUCGAGUACUGCACAGACUGCCACUCGAUCGACCAGAUGCCAGAGAUAAAGUUGAGAAAUUACAACAACAGUUGAGAUGGAAUUCGUUCCCUGGUGUGCAUGCGCUAUUAUUGAAAGGUUGUACCAGCCCAAACACGUACGAGCAAGUUGUAACGUUGUUAUCUCAGUUCACCCCAUUAUUGGAUUUACCAGUAGUUGACCCUACUCAAAGUCUCGCAUUUCCAAUGAACGUUGUGUCACUACUUCCUUACAUGCUUCUAAACUAUGAGGAUGCUAAUGAAUUGUGCAUCAGAAGCGCUGAAAAUAUUGCACAAGUAAGUGCCGAGAAGGGAAAGAAACUGGAGAAUUUAGGUACUGUCAUGACAUUGUAUAGUCGACGUACCUUCAGUAAAGAAAGUUUUCAGUGGACAAAAUGUGUUGUUAAAUAUUUAUAUGACACGUAUGCUCAUCUCAGUUUCAACAUGCUUGCAUUCCUUGUGGAAGUACUUGAAAAAGGUCCAGGAAGUGUCGCGUUACCUGUGCUCAGUAUUAUACACUGCAUGUUACAUUAUGUUGAUCUAGCUUCACAAGCUGCGCAACCCAUCAACACAGAACUUCUCAGAGUGAUUUCAAAAUACGUUGAGGGUCCUCAUUGGAAGGAAGCCCUUAAAAUUUUAAAGCUCGUAGUCACGAGAUCGUCAACAUUAGUAGCACCACCUACUUCUGUGCACGGUUCAUCCUGGGAAUCUUCAAUAGCAUCACCGCAUCCAAGCUUCACCGAUACCGAGAUCUUUACCAAAAAAGAAUUGCCCGGAAGGACUAUGGAUUUCACGUUUGACUUAUCUCAGACACCAGUAAUUGGUAGACGAUGGUUAAUACGACAAGGCGUUGAAGAAAAAUCACUUGCUUCUCCUCGGUGUUCACUGUCUCUUUCACCAGCCGACAGCAAUGCUGUUUCAGGGUGGAAAAGGCCAUGGAUGUCACAGGGUCGUGUUAGAGAAUGCUUAGUAAAUCUUCUAACAACAUGCGGACAACGCGUUGGACUACCAAAGAGCCCAUCUGUGAUAUUCAGUCAGAGUUCAGAUUUAAUGGAAAGACAAUCAUCCAUGGCUUCUUCAACGGAAGAAGUGUCGGGUGCAAAUAACGAUUUGAGUGGAGGUUCUAGAAGAGAUGACGAACAGUUUGGUGUAUUUAAAGACUUUGAUUUCUUGGAGUAUGAGAGCGAAAGCGUUGAAGGUGAGAGUACUGACAAUUUCAACUGGGGAGUAAGACGACGUCCUCUUAGCGAAGGAGAAGAAAGAGAACCAAGUCUGAGGCAAUUUGAGGAAAGUUUAAGUGAAAAAACUCAAUCAUCUAGCAAACACACUAGUCGGCGCGGUGUUGCGGAAGAAUCAUCUGAUGACGAAGCUGGUUCAGAAUCACCUUUGGACGAAGUACCCGGUGGAUCUGGAGCGGGACAAGAAGCGAAUAAUAUUCCUGGAAUGUUUCCACCAUCCUCUCUUUCCCUAAUACCUAGCCGUACGCGCCACGAUUCUUCGACAAGGUCUGACACAUCUGGCUCUAGCGCGGGAGAUUUAGGUGACGUAACGCCUUGUAACGCAUCGCCAAACCUAUCGGCAUUAAUGCCAUUCAGACAGGUUGUACGAGAUGAUGCAGAAGAAAUUUGGCGGCAACAAAUUCAAAAUCUGAUCACACAAUCUUUGUAUAACACCUUAGACUUUUUCCACUUGUUAAGCAGAAUUCUAAGGGACGUAAGCAGUAAAUCCGUCACUAUUACACGAGAAGCCAGUGCCUUAUUGUGUAAUGGCAGUCCUGCUGCCACUCAAUUAGGUUCCCAUUUAUCUAGUCACGCCGAAUUACUUAGUUCCAAAGCUGAGCCACCUUUAAUUUGGUUUUCCAUUGCUAUUUUUGCAAAUCAGCGAUUAAACGAAUCAUUACGGUUUGGGAUGUUAGAAAUCCAAGAGCAUCUUGAAACUUUCCUCGACAAGAAGGAUCACGCUACUGAAUGUUUGGAAGCAGCAAAAGCAGCGGCAAAACUUCAAGCAUUAGGCGGUGGUCAUACCACAGAGACAGGUCUUGAAGAGAUGCUCUUAGACUUAGGGAAAGCGCUUUAUAAACUUCAUCUCCAAUUGUUACUUUUAAUAGAGGCUUCGAAUAAAAUGCUAGGUACUCUUAUGAAUGCUGCAAAAAACGUACAAAUUCCGCUUCAAGAUAUAUCAGUAGAAAUUGCGAAUAUGAAGAUUGCUCUAAGUAGAGCGCUGGAAGAAAGCACAGAAAGCGAGAGAGGCACACCAACUCCAACACCCAGUCCUAGUCCCUUACCCGGCACUGGUGCUGUCGAAGAAGUUGCCAGAGUCGCGGAGCUACUUAGAAACGCACGAUGGUGUCCUGCUCUUGAAGCUGUAAGACUGCACAGAGCACAGUGGCCAGGAGAUCCGUUCCACGAUGACGAUGAUGUAACGACUGCUGUUAAUAUGUACUGCAAAUACUUAGGACAAGAUAGAUCUGAUAUUUUUGUGGUUACACGAAAAUCUGACGAAAUGUCAGAAAUAUUUAGUAGACUAAUGGAAAGUUUAUUCCAAGUUUUGGGGGCUGUUACCGGCCUAGAAACGUCUACGAAAGCGGCUCGAUCUCAGCACGAUCAUCGUAGCAACUCGAAAAACGAUUGUUAACUUGACAUGAGUUUUAAUAUAACAUAUAUGGUAUUAUAGGCAGUUGUUUGUCUAAACUAAAGUCUUCGUAUAAUUUAACUGUACGUGCGUUUUAUCCGUGUAUCCUUGUAUACGACAUAUGUAUGUAAGUAUACAGAGUGUUCUGCUACGGAUCGGCAUCAUUUGAACACCCCUUCGAUAGAUGCUCGUCCAUAGUCGAAUAAUUUGUAAACGUCACAAACUAAUAGUCAUAGAAAUUUAGAAAAAUACGCACGAGCGGAGGCAUGAUGUCGACGAUUUUGUCGUCUCUUUUUUUUAUCAUGAGCGCAAUAACGUACAUAUGUAAGUUCGGCAAAAUAAAUAUUCGAAAGCUCAAAA